AUGAAAACUGCCAACGUUAUAACUGCCUUUGCUGCAUCAAGCGCCUUCUCUGCUAACUCUGCCAAUGCGUUUAUUGCCAAUGGUGCUGGUGCACCAAUGGUUGACGAUAACCCAAAACAAGCCUGCUAUGUCGCUGAAUUCCCACAAGGAGGAAGCGACAAAAUUGCAGGCUAUAUCACCUUCACAUCAUACGAAGGUAUUGCUAAAGUGAGCGUUGAAUUGGCAAGUAUCAUUAACCCAGAAGAUGGAUUUUCUUAUCACAUUCAUGAAAAAGGACUUGACUCCAAUGACGAAUGUGCUUGCUACACAACUGGCGAAGAACUAAACCCAUACAAUGGUAUUGCUACCUGUAACGACGUCCAAGACAAAUCUCUAUGUAAAGUCGGUGAUUUAAGUGGCAAAUAUGGUGCCAUUAACUCCAAUUUAUACCAAGCCAAGUACUUGGAUCCAUACUUGGGAUUAUACGCGUCAUCACCAAGUUACAUUGGUGAGCGUUCAAUCGCUAUUCACAAAAGCGAUGGAACGAGAAUCGCAUGCGCUGAUAUAAUCCCAUGUAGCGAAAGAAAGGCCACAAUCCCAGAUUGUAGUGCUCCUAAAUAUGAAUCUCCAAAAGAGGCUCCAUGUCCAGAGGAGGAUACUCCAGUAACGGAGAAACCAAAGCCAACUACGACUCCAUGCCCAGAGCCUGAGGGUACAGAAUCUCCUUCUGUUCCAGAGGCUCCUGCAGUAACAGAGGGGCCAGAGGAGAUCCCAGAGGAAGCUCCAGAAGAACAAGAGGGACCAGAGGAGUCUCCAGAAGAGCCACAAGGCCCAGGAACUCCAUUUGCACCAGAACCAGAAGUUCCUGAAUCCGAAACCCCUGAGUCUCCUGAAGCUCCAUCAGCCCCUGAAUCUGAGCCAGAAGCUGAUGUACCAGAACCAGUGCCAUCAAUUCUACCUGCUUCAACUUCACCACCUGAACCAGUUGAGUUACCUCAGGAGACCCCAGAGCCUUCAAUUGCGCCAGUUGUUGCGCCACCAUAUCUGGAAGGUCCAGAAGAUGAAUUUCCUCAACCGGUUGUAGCCCCAGAACCUACUCCAGCACCAGGUGUUCCAGCAAUUCCGGACUUCUUACCAGAACCUCCUGCUGCGCCAGCUCCAGCUCCAACUGUUCCAGCUACUGAUGCAAUUGUUUCUGAGGCUCCUGAAUCAACAGUUACUUUUGCACCUGAAUUUUCUGAAAUUAACGAGGCUACUUCUAUGGAAGAGUCGGAUGGUCCACUUGUAACUGGUAGACCAAUUAGCAUCUCCAGCGGCUCUUACAAUAGUACCGCUGGUAUUAGCGCAACCGCUAGUGGUAGAAAAACCGUUGAAGUUAGCCAAUCUGUAAACGGUGGUGCAUAUGUCGCCAAUGGUCUAACAAUUGGUGGUAUCUUGAUUUUCAUUUUGUCCUUGAUGGCAUAA